UUUUGGGAUGGGGGUGGGAAAUGGGCCCGGGGGCCAGGAGUGGCCUUGGUGGACGCUGCAGGUGUGGCCCAGGGGGGGCCCCAGCAGUGACCGGGUCCCCUCCGGGGCCGCGGAGCCUCUGGUGGGGUCACAGCCUCACGCGGGGCUCCGGUUUAGGAUCCCGGGAAUGCCAAACCCGAGCGGUGACCGCGGGAGGAUCGCUGUGUCUGGUGCCGGAGGAACCCCCGUGGGAGUGGACACAGGUCAAAUGGGUAGUGGAAAUUGAUUCAUCAACGCAGCAGAAGAUCCUGAGGGCCACCAAGGAUGGAGUUUUCUUCUAUCCCAGAGAUCCCCUCAAUGGGAGAGGGAAAUUCCAGCGGGAAAACCUCUCCCUGUGCAUCUCCCCGGCUCACAGAGCAGAUAACGGGGUCUAUAAGGCCGAGUUCGAGAAUUUCUCAGGGUUUUUCUCUCAGUGCUUCCGAGUGUCCGUGUGGGAGCCCAUCGCGCAGCCGGAGCUGAGAUCCCAAAUCCUGCAGCGGGAUCGGGGCUGGUGCCGCCUGGCCCUGCUCUGCUCCAGCCCCGGGAACGUCUCCUACAGCUGGGCCUGUGCCGGGGCUGCGCCGGGGGAGGUCCCGGGGGAGAUCCCGGGGGAGAUCCCGGAGGAGAUCCCGGGGGAGAUCCCGGGGGAGAUCCCAGGAGAGGUCCCGGGGGAGAUCCCGGGGGAGAUCCCGGGGGAGAUCCCGGGGAUCCCCUCCCGCCUGAUCCGGAGGCUCCCCGAGGGCGCGGAACCCCAAAUCUGCCUCUGCAACGUCAGCAGCCCCGCGGGGUGGAGCGCGGCCCGCGCCCAGCUCACCUGCCCAGGAAUUCCAGGGAAUUUCAGCCGCUGGACCCCGCUGGCCGUGGCCGUGGCCGUGGGGCUGAUCCUGCUCCUCGUGGGCAGCUGCUGCUGGUGGAGGAAGAGGAGGAAGAAUUCCCGGGAAGAGACCCCCGGAGCCCCCCCGGGACCCCCGGAGCAGGAGCUGACGGUCUACGCCGAGGUGGGAGAGAAGAAACCCCGCCAGGACCCCGCCGGGACCGGCGAGGCCACCCAGGAAGGAGCCACCAUCUACGCCGUGGUCACUCCCAGGAUGCUGGAGCACCCCAGGCACCAGGAGGAACGCGGGAAUUUCACCCUUUACUCCACGGUCCAGUUUGGCCAGAGGCCUUCCUCCAUCAAGAGGAAGAGGCUGGACCCAGCUUUGGUCUCCACUGCCUACUUGGAGGAUAACGGGGGUUACAGGCGCCUGGGCUUCCCAAAUCCUGCCGGCCACCAGCGCCCCUAAAACCCCGGAAUUCCCAUCCCUGUGGAAUUCUUCUCCUGGAAACUCCAGCGGCCACUGGGAUCCCACCCCAUGGAAUAGAAAUAUCCAGAAAUCCGCGGCUUUUCGCCCAAGAUUCACCCCCCAGCUGUGCCUCGGAGCGAAGAUUUGGGGAUGGGAAACUCCGGAAGGGAUUUGGGAUUGGACAGGCGGGAUGGGCGGGGAGUGGGAAUUUUGUGGGGUUUUUAGGGCUUGGA